AAGAGCAGAGUUCCUUUGGAAAGGAUUCCAGCUGAGCCUCUCUGCUGUUCACCCUCAUCCGCCUGUGCCUCCUCAAACAACUUGUAUUCUUUCUCCUCUGUUGCUGUCAGAAACCAAAGAAAUCCACAAUGGAGGCCAUCAAGAAGAAAAUGCAGAUGUUGAAACUGGACAAGGAGAAUGCCAUCGACCGUGCAGAACAGGCAGAGAUAGACAAGAAAGGUGCAGAAGACAAAUGCAAACAGCUGGAAGAAGAGCUCUUGGCCCUACAAAAGAAGCUAAAGGGUGUGGAAGAUGAAUUGGACAAAUACUCAGAAUCACUGAAAGACGCUCAGGAGAAACUCGAGCAGGCAGAGAAGAAGGCCACAGACGCCGAGGCAGAGGUGGCUUCCCUGAACAGACGUAUCCAGCUGGUAGAGGAGGAGUUAGAUCGUGCCCAGGAAAGACUUGCCACAGCGCUACAGAAGCUUGAGGAGGCAGAGAAAGCUGCAGAUGAGAGCGAAAGAGGAAUGAAGGUGAUUGAGAACAGAGCAACUAAAGAUGAGGAGAAGAUGGAGAUCCAGGAGAUGCAGCUGAAGGAGGCCAAACACAUCGCUGAAGAGGCUGACCGCAAAUAUGAGGAGGUGGCACGCAAGUUGGUGAUCCUUGAGGGUGAACUCGAGCGCUCUGAGGAGCGAGCUGAGGUGGCUGAGGCCAAAUCUGGUGACCUUGAGGAAGAAUUGAAAAAUGUCACCAACAACUUGAAGUCCCUGGAGGCACAGGCUGAGAAGUACUCCACAAAAGAAGACAAAUAUGAAGAGGAAAUCAGAGUACUCACUGACAAACUUAAAGAGGCGGAAACCCGAGCUGAGUUUGCUGAGAGGUCUGUGGCAAAGCUUGAGAAGACUAUUGAUGAUUUAGAAGAGAAACUAGCCCAGGCCAAAGAGGAGAAUCUAAACAUGCACCAAGUGCUUGACCAAACUCUUCUGGAACUCAACAAUUUAUAAAGGUGGAUUUGUGCAACACAAACAAGAGUCUUACACCACACUGAGCUUUCCAACAGGACCGAAUGCACCUGUUCUCUAGCUGUGGGCACACACAGGAUGAAGUUCUUAAUAAUUCACUUUGAUAAAUUAAUGUCUUAAUGUCACAAACUAAGUCAUUUGCAAACAAUGAGGCUGAUUCACUAAUAAAUGCGGACAAGUUAUAUGUUUAUAUGCACAGAAAAAAUGUUUCGUGCAAACUUUCAGCAAAUAGGCACAGACAUUUUUUCUUUGUUCUUACAGUAUGUUGAAGAAUCUGUAAUAUUCUAAAUGGAGCGCAUUGCCAAAGUUAGUAAUUAGCAUAAAACACGCCCAACGAUCUCCAUAUAAGGGCUUUCCGCACAACCUCUCCUGUACAGCGACGUGUUGCUCUCUGAAUAUACAUAUCUUUAAAGAUGCACUCUUCUAAGAGCAUGCGCCACAAGAUGUUUGAUUAAAGCUGUGUCAUUCAUAAACCAGUCGAAAAUAGGUCAAACUUAUUGUUGGGUCACUCAGUUAUGCAUUUUCUUACAAUAAUAUAUAUACACAUAGAUAUAAAGCAAAACAUUCAAACGUAAAACAUUUCACGUUAUAAUUGCUUAAGAGUCUGUGGUGUUUUUGUGUGUAUGUGGUUUCAGCUGGUUCUAAUCUUUAUGUAAAUUAAGAAUAAUUUUAAGUGCAAACUUAUUGAUGAUUCAUGAUUUCUGCGUGAAAACAUAAAUAUGUGCCUACGUACGGUUAAUGAGGCAGAAGUACAUUCAACCAAACCAAUCAUUUAUGUGUAUUUGUAAUGUUUGUAUAAACUAAACCAAAUUAGACUUUCAUUAUGGAUUCAUUUGAAUUUAAAUGUACAAUAUAAGUUACCUAGUAGCUUUUUGACCAUAAUUGAAAAAAAUGCUGUAUUGCUCUGUAUACCAUAUUUAGUAUAUUCAGAUUUUUAACCAUUCCAACAAUUUACUGUAAAUUUUCUGCAAUAUAUUUUGACUUGUCUUUGAUUUGUUUAUUGCUAUUUUUACCCAAAUGCACAGCAUUGUGAUUUUAACUAAUGUAUGUCUCACAUCACUACUGAAAUUUAAAAUCUAUGUUUCAGUAUGACUUGUUCUUACAUUGUUUAAAAGUAUUCACUUCAUUUGAUUUACUCCAAGGUUUAAUUAGACAUAUAGGGAUACAAUUAAUAAAACAACAUGCUUUCUAAUUAUUCUUGCACUUUUUUUUUUUUUUAUACUAAUUCCUGACACUUUUUAAAGCAUGAGCCAUUCAUGUAUCCUAUGCAGUUGUGUAAGCUCUUUUUGUUUCAAAUUAAUAAAAUAUUGAAAACAGAA